AUGGUCAUUAGGCUCAAGAAAGAACUGAUUAUCACAUCUUUUAAGACGAUUGAUGGUAGAGGCUCAAGUGUUCACAUAACCGAUGGACCAUGCAUCAAGAUCCACUAUGCAACUAACAUCAUCAUUCAUGGAAUUAACAUCCAUGACUGCAAACCAGGAUCAGGUGGCAUGAUAAAAGAUGGCCCACAUCACACCGGAUGGUGGGUCCCAUCAGAUGGAGACGCAGUGGCUAUAUUUGGAGGAAAGCAUGUGUGGAUCGACCAUUGCUCGUUCUCCAACUGCGAUGACGGUCUCAUAGACGCCAUACAUGGUUCGACGGCUAUAACCAUAUCGAACAACCACAUGACGCACCAUGACAAGGUCAUGCUUUUGGGGCACAGCGAUAGCUACACACAGGACAAGAACAUGCAAGUCACCAUUGCCUUUAAUCAUUUCGGUGAAGGGCUUGUGCAAAGGAUGCCACGGUAA